UCGUCCGGCACCACUCCACCCCAGCCCCGGGCACCAGCAUGGCGUCCAGCGACGAGGACGGCGGCGCGGCGGCGGACGAGAAGGAAAACAACAACAAGAAAGGCGUCAAAGGCACCGUGGCUACCGCGUGGCUCACCUUCUACAACAUCGCCAUGACGGCCGGGUGGUUGGUCUUGGGCAUGGCGAUGAUGCGAUUCUACGUGCAGAAAGGCACACACAAGGGUCUGUACCGAAGUAUAGCCAGGACCCUCAAGUUCUUCCAGACUUUUGCUUUAGUCGAGGUGGGACACUGCGCCAUCGGCCUGGUGAGGACGUCGGUGAUCGUCACCGGCGUGCAAGUGAGCUCGCGGAUCUUCAUGGUGUGGUUCAUCACCAACAGCAUCAGACAGAUCCAGAACGAAGAGAGCGUUGUCCUCUUCCUGGUGGUGUGGACCCUGACGGAGAUCACCAGAUAUUCCUACUACACCUUCAACCUGCUCCACCACCUGCCAUACUUCAUCAAAUGGGCCAGAUACACCCUGUUCAUCGUGCUGUACCCGCUGGGCGUGAUGGGCGAGCUGCUGACCAUCUACUCGGCGCUGCCGUUCGUGCGUCGCUCGGGGAUGUACUCCAUGAGGCUCCCCAAUAAGUACAACGUGUCCUUCGACUACUACUACUGCCUGGUAGUCAUCAUGCUGUCUUACAUCCCGUGUAAGUUCACAAGCCCCCCAAAAAAUAAUAAUAAUAAUCAGAACAGGCGGAACGGUGGAUCAGCUGGUAAAGUGUUGGCCUCACAGUUCUGAGGACCCGGGUUCGAUCGCCGGCCCCGCCUGUGUGGAGUUUGCAUGUUCUCCCCGUGCCUGCGUGGGUUUUCUCCGAGCACUCCGGUUUCCUCCCACAUCCCAAAAACAUCCAACAUCAAAAUAAAUUGCCCCUAGGUGGGACUGUGAGUGCUGCUGUUUGUCUCUCCGUGCCCUGUGAUUGGCUGGCGACCGGUUCAGGGUGUACCCCGCCUCCUGCCCGUUGAGAGCUGGGAUAGGCUCCGGCACUCCUCGUGAGGAUAAGCGGCAAAGAAACUGGAUAGAUGGAUGAACACUUUGGGGGGGAAAAAAUAAAAAGCACACUUGUGUGGGAGCUGCUGUUGGUUACAGCUCACACUCACAAGCAGACUUGUCAAUGUCAGGUUUUUGGGGAGUUGGGGACGUAUCCGCGUCAUAAAUGACAGUUGUACGUUGACUACAACACUGACUUGUUUCCGU